AAAUAUAGGCUAUGUUGGCUGCACAGAAAUUUAAAGGGAAGGGAAGUGAAAAUUUUUAAACUUAAAAAAGAAACUUUUGUAAUCAUUACCCAAUGUGGUUGUAUAAAAUACUUAAAUAAAUUUUAUUGUAUUUAGUAAUGAUACAUUUUACUUGUAAUUUUUAUUUUAUGGAUUAUGUCUUCAAAGUUCAAUUAUGAACUGUCUUAACUUUGCUGGUAUGUUUUUUUUUUUUUUUUUUUUUUGGGAGGGGGGGUGUAGAUGGAGAAAUAUAGGCUAUGUUUGGCUAUGUGAUUGUAUAAAUUACUUAAAUAAAUUUUACUGUAUCUAGUAAUGACACAUUUUACUUGUAAUUUUUAUUUUACAUUUUAUAGCAAAGGGUUUUGGAUGCAAAUUAAAGUGAAAUUUAAUAAUCUAAUAUGGAAUGAUAUGGAGUUAAUGAUAGAGUCACAUGGGGUAAUGAUUACAAUAAAUUAUUUUUUAAGUCUGAAAAUUUCAUUUCUCUUCCCUUUAAUUCACCUUGCAAUCAAACGAAGCCAUAAGGAAAAGGAGCAAAGUGCAACAUCAAAGCUAGAGAGGCAAACCUAUGGGUAUUAUCAAAGGAUGAUACACCAAAAGCAGGGAGGGGAGAAACAUCUAACCGAAGGACGAUACAGUAGAAGCCAGGGAGGGGAAGAACAAAAAUCCAAGGAUGAUACAUCAAGAAGCUAGGGUGGUGGAUCUGAAUAUUUGAACAUUCUCAAUUCAUUUAGAAACAAGGCGGAUCAGUAUGAGGAUCUUAUUGGUUUUUAUGUUCCUUUCAUUUGGAUUGCGGGGUGGGGGGUUGGAUGGUUCCCAGCCUCUCCUUGCUGUCAGCCCUGCUGUCCCUUUGGAAUUUGAUGUUUUUUAUAAACUUUGAUGGAUUAUAGUGAUUAAUGAGAAGAUAACAGUUAACCCAAACUAGUAUUUGGUGUGUUUAUUUUAAUGGAUGGGAUUCAUGCUCUAAACUUGCAGUUCUUUCUAUUUCAUCUUGGUAUGCAACUUUGAAGCAUACUAACAAAUGUUUUUGUGUCCCACCAUUUAACAAGACUUGGUGGCUAUCAAACAUACCAAAAUAGUGGAUUAGAUCCACAAUAUGCUAUGUUGUUGGCGCUCCUUUCAAUGUUUAUUUACCCAACAUUUAAGUUUCUCUUCUAACUUCCAUGCAGGUUCAGCAUGGAUUGCUUUAUAUCAAUGGAAUUGCUCGUAAUGAAAAUUUCAUAGCAGAACCUCUAAUGUACAAAUUGGGUGCUACUUACGUACCUCCACAUCAUGUUUUUGUGUUGGGUGACAACCGUAACAACAGCUAUGACUCUCAUAUUUGGGGACCUCUUCCUAUUGGAAAUAUUAUUGGAAGACAUGUGAUGCGUUUCAGACCAUCAGACAUUGAUCCUGGGAGAUAGUAGAACGGUCUAAUUAUGCAACAAACCUGCCUUUCUCCUUUCUUUGCUGUUAAUUUUUCUUAGAUAACCAAGGAGGAUGCUAGUUCUCCCAUGAUCCACGUCUUCAAUUGCCCCUAGCCAAGCUUGCCUGUAGGUGGGUCUCCAAAUUCCUUGGUUGUAUCUUGUAUACUAACUUGGGAAGAGGUGAUCUGUAUAUAAUAGGUGUUUGAUAUCAGCUCAAUUUCUAGCUGAUUCUUGCUUAGAGAAAUCGAAUAGAAAUUAUUGUAUAUCAAUCUUGUAUCCAUUUUUUAAAGUUUUUUUAAUACUUGAAACGCACAUUAGUUGUACAUUUUGUUAUUAUGAUAGUCGUUUUGGUUUGGCUCCGAUUUGAAA